UAAGCUUUUAUCGUAUCAAAAUUAUAUACUUUUAGAUAUUUUGCCAUAUUUUCUUAUAUACGUGGUUUGAAAAACAAAAAUUAUUUCAACCGAGAAUAUUUAGACAAAACAUGCAUUACAUCACACUUAUAGCUGUAAUGUGAAUUGCAUAAUUUAUUUUCAAUCCUAAAAAGUGUAAUUUAAAAAAUAUAUAUAUGAAAUUUGAGUGACAUCUAAUAAUGUUAGUUUUCCUAACUAUAUAUUGAACUAGGUGUUUUGUGCAGGCAUAAUUAUUUUAAAAAUAUUUAUAAAUAGAUGCAUUAUCAAAUCAGAAAUCAUUAAAAGAAGUUAAUAUUCAUGUCUUAAAAUAUUCUAUAAUAAUUAAAAAUAAAUCUGUAUACAUAACAGAGUUUUUCAUCACAAGAUAAAUAUUUUUAUUAUGUAAAAUAAAUUUGAAAACACUCAUGCGUUUAAAUAUUUAAUAAAUUAAAUAUCAAAUUUGACAAAGUUUUUCAUUCUAAGAAAUUAUUAAUUAUAUACAAUUUAUAUAGGGAUUUAGCUUUCUUUUUAAAAAAAAAAUUAUGAUGUAAAAUAUUUUUUUGGAUAACACAAUAUAAACAAUUUUUAGAUAAUUAUAAUUAUAAAAUUACUGAAAUUUGUUUUAAAUUUAUGGUUAACUAUAUUGACAAGGCUUUAUGUUUCUUUUAAUUUUUUAAAAAGAAUUAUGAAGUAAAAUAUUUUUUUAGAUAAACAUAAUAUAAACUGUUUUUAGAUAACGAUGAUCAUGUAUUAACAAAUAUAAUUAUUCAGUAAGAGUAUCAUUGACUUUAGACGCUCUAACUUUCAACGUGAGAGCUCGAUUGCAAAAUAUCACUUCGCAAAUAAUAGUACAAAUUAUUUAUUUGACUACGUAUAUUCUUAUAAUAUAUACCACCAAGACAUCUGAUUUAUUUUAUUAUUUAAUAUUUAAUAUUGUAAUUUCUAUAAAAUAUUACUUUAUAUUUUCAGUUGGAUAUAAUAAGUCACCUGCAUUUUAAAAUGUAUAUACAUCACCAUGGCAUGCAAAACCUUGCUUACAAAUUGAAAUUUACUAAAUGUUUAAUUAAAUUGUGGGUUUACAAGGAGUGGAAAAAUAUUACUCCCUCUGUUCCUACAAGAUCUAUAUUCUAAUUUUUUUACAUAUUUUAAUAAAACACAUUAAAUUUGUAUAAUAUUUUGUGUUUAUUUUCUUUCCACAAUUUUAAGCCAAUAAAAUAUCAAUUAGUGCAAUUAAGAUUUUUGAAAUUUGAAAUUAGUUAAUAAAACAUGCAUUGAAAAUGUAAAAAAUGAAUCUUUUAAAAACAAAAUUUUUCUCUAGAAUAUGUAUUUUUAAAGAACGGAGGGAGUACUAUUGUGGAAGGUAUUGAACGUAGCAAAGCAGUCUGGAUUCAUCCAAAUGAUUGAAAAAAAUCAAAAAUAUUUGAUAAACCUUAAAGUUAGUUCUGAAGCAGACUAAAAGUUGUUAAAAAAAAUGUUUUGACAGAAUAUUACCAUAUCAAACAUAACAAAUAAAAAUAUUAAUUGCGGUUUAUCUUAUAAAGCAGGAGAAAACAUUAGAAACAAUUUAAACAUGUAAUUUACUAGUUUUUUACCUAACUUUUAUGUUUGCCGACAAAUUUUUUUUUUUUAAUGUUUUUAAUCUUGUAAAAUAUCUUGGAGCUGAAAUGCUAAUUUUACUCGAAACUCCUGCUUAUUUCAUCCUUCUUUUUUAUUUAUUCACAAGUCAUUAGAUGUUUAUUAGGUAUAAGGUUGAACCGGAUUUUAAUUAUUAUUUAAAAUUUUUAUAUAAGAAAUAUUUGUUAGCUCCACGAUACUAUUUCUGAGUCUAAAAAUUUUGAAGAGCGCAAUACUUACUCCAUGAGUCAACUGGCGUGUGACACUUUUGAAAUCAAUUUGGACUCUUUAUCGAACUUAUCUAAGUUUGUGUCUCUAUCUUUUUAUUGCUUUGCACUUGUGUUUUUAAAAAAGAUUGUACAUCAUAUAUUUGAUGUUGUCCUUAUCCAUGUAAUGAUUUAAAAUAUGAAUGAAGAAUGUGUUACAAGAAAAAAUAUAAGAAAUAUUUGUUAAUAUAUAUAUAUAUAUAUAUAUUUGUUUGCGAAACAAAGUUAGUAUAAAACAUUAUACAUGGGGUGGAGAUGCAUGAAAAACAUAGUAUAUGAGAGAGACGGGGAGACUUCUUAACUAAGAGACCACAUGAAUUGUCUCCCACUCCAUGCUUUGCUUGAACAAGGCAGAUAUGGGUAACAUGUCAGCUUGCCUACCAAUCUCCAACCUCCUCAGUCCUCAUACUACACAUUGGCCCUUUAUUUUCUUAUAAUUUCUUUUAUUAUUUAUUUUGCUUAGAAUUUAGAUUCCGAUCUCCACUUUCUCAUUUUAGGUUCGGUUCUCUUGAUCUGGCCAGAUGUGUUGGGUGCUUAAUUAUCCACUGUGAUUUCUACUUGCUUUUAUUUUCACUGUAUAUUUUGUCGAUUACCUACGUAAUUCAAUAAUUUCAUACCUCGUCAUUUAUAGUUCAAGACGCCUCGUCAGUUCAUAGAUGAAUGAAUAAGUAGAAAAUGGAUGUAAUUAAGGGAAAUAAUUGGAAAUAAAAAUGAAUACGGUUCGCCAAACAGAAUUAAUAAAGUGUUGAAGGACUUAACUAAGAAAGGCGACGUGGAACGUUUCAUUGGCGUUGGUGUGUCCGUGAAUAAAUACUUAUCUAUCUCAAUAUUAAUUGUAAAAAGUAUUAAUCUUAUAAAUAAAUUUUUUUAUCUAAAAUGCUAUUGAUAAAUAGAUGAUAUUAAUGAAAACAUAAAUGCAUUUCAAUCAGUUUCUUAAUAUGUCUGAAAAACAUCUAAAUAAUAUUUUUUAUAAAAUAGAUGAAAUAUUAUAGGUUUGGUUUUCAUAAUCGGUCCGACUAAUCUCUUGAGAACAUCUUCAACUCUAUUUUAUUUUCCUUUCUAAAAUAGAGUCUAGAACAAAAGUAUUUCAAUAUUAUUUUAUUUUACUUUAUAAUAAAGUAAAAAUGGGCAACUUUGUAAAUCAAAUAAUUUUUUUAUUUUUUGUUUAUUUUUUAUUUUUUCUUUUAAAAUAUAAUACAAUUAAAAUAUAUCUAAAUUUUAUUAUAAAAUUAUUAUAUUCUAAAAAAUAUAGUCAACCAUUAAAGAUGGCAAGGAAAAUGUUUGGCAAACUCAUUAACACGUCCGCAGCUACAUGACAUUAUUUAACGAGAAAUUAGUCUUAGUAUGAUACCACAUGCUGUUAUUUAAGACUCGGGUGUCAACAGUGGAAAAAAUCAUGACAUGAUUUAAAGAUCCAAUAUUUAUUUUCUCAACAGAGACGAGACAAAAUAUCUAAAAUUUCCAAAGUAAGGACGACGAACUAGUAAUUGAAUUGGCCGAUAAUCUAAUCUAGUGGCAAUCUCCCGAUAAGACUAUUCAUCUUAUUUUUCUAAAUUUAAAAUGUUAUCCCACUUUGUUUUUCUAGAACAUAUCAAAAUAAUCGUACAUUAUACGACAAAAGAUAAAACAUGAAAAAGAUCAGAUUCAAAAACCAGAUUUAUCAAUUUUUAUUUUAUUAGUAUGAAAGGUAAAGUUGAUGAAUAAGCUGUGUGAUAUAUAAAUGCAAAAGAAUCGUUCAAUCUUACAUUUUAAAUAUUUAGGAAUAUAUUUAACCUUUAACCACCGUUAGUGGCCGAGUGGUAACGACCGUCCUGCAAAGUCCAUCAUUCAAGGGGGACACAUGUAUGAAUAUCGGCCAUAUCGAAUGUCACAGCGUGGCCACAUAGUGUUUUAAGCUACUUAAAAGUAUUAGCGUAGGCUGAUUCUGAACCUGGGAUAAUUAUGGGCCUUCCAACCUUGAACAUCCUGGUUAAAAAAAAAUUUAAUCUUAUAACGACUUGUUUUAUUUUUUCAUCCAGAUUAACUUUCUAUAUAUGUUAUAGUAUGGUUAACAUAUUUAAUAAAUCUUUAAUGAAUAAACUAUUUAUAUAUAAUGAAAUGACUUUAAACUAUGAUUUAAAUAACUUAGGUGAAAAGCCAAUUGGCCCCUUUAGGAGUAUAAAUUUUUGUGAAACAAAUGAGGUGUUUUCGACCAAAUUAUUAAUUUUUUAAGCUUUUUAAUAUCCUACUUAAUAUUUUUAAAUAGAAUACCAAAUAAUAUAAAUGACGAAUUUUUGAUCAACACAACAUAUAUUUAUAAAUUUCUUAUAUAGAUAAACAUUUAUAGGUUAUCUGGAUGUGCAACACCAUGAAAGAAAUAUUAGUGUAUAUGUAUAUGUAUGUACCUUCAUUUUAAAUGAAGAACUUUUGGCAUUGUGUAGGAAAAUACAUGAUUUUAAUCAAAAUUUGGUAGGAAAAUAUUUAGAUUUGACUUCUGAAAAGGUGGCGGAAAUUAAACCAAUAAGAAGAAUGUGGAAAAGAAGGGGAGAAUAAAGACAAAAGUGUAAAAGAUGUCAUAUUAUAAGAAAAGUAAUGGUACAUACAAAAAAUUAUAUAAUAACGGUGUGACCCCAAUUUUUAAUACCUUUCGGAUGGGGUUUAGAUGAUUGGAAGAUUAUUUUUAAAAUAUGUUUGGACUUUGGACUAAUCAACCCUCAACGAGAAAAGCAAAACAAACCUCAGCCACAACUACAACAUAAACCAACAAAAAUGCAUGAUAUACGUUUGUUGAUCAAAAAAUGUAUAAUAAGAAAAUUGGAACAAAAGUGGGAAAUAUUAGGAGAGAAAAUAGAUAAAAGGAGAGAAGUUAAAGUGGUGGUUCUCAUGUCAUCAACACUUGGGCACCAUCUAUCUAUCAUGCGAUCCCUCGCAGACUUAUCCACACGACAUGAGAGAUAAAAAGAGAUACCAACCAAUUACGAAACUCGCAAACAGUAUAAUUGUAUGUCAAGUUCGACACGUGUCAGUUUCAGACAUGUAGGUCCCUUCAAUGAUUUGGUAUGAUAGAGUAUCUAAUUCCGAUUCAGCGCCCACAUUAAGGCGUUUAAAUAUUUUCUUCAACUAAUUUGUUAAAGGUGAGAGUAAAACAUCUGUAAAAGGAGGAUCAGUUUUGUAAUCGGUUUAUACCGAAUUUAUUUGGUUUAUACGUAAAAGAUUUGAUGCUACUUUUCCCUUUUUAUUUUACUUUUAUAUUUGAUUUGGGUUUGGUUCAAUUGGUUUACUUCUGUUUUGAAGUUUGUAACUACAUGAAAAAUAGAUAUUUCAAGACAGUUUGUCUGGUCCGGGUUAAUUGAGAAAAACGAUUAAUGUAUAAAUAAGAUAAGAUACAAUCUUCAUAAUUUUAUUUUAAAAUUUAAUUAUCUAAUUUUAUAAUGAUAGGGACCUAAUAUUUAAAAUUCGAUAAUAAUUGAGAAAAAUGUACUUUUGCGUUAUGUGUAAAAUGAAAUAUUUAAACUAAGAAAUAACUAUUUGUUAAAGGAACACAUGGCCAAUAUACAAAAGAAAAAAAUCAACGACAGACAUAUAACAAAUAUCGAAAAUAACGUAUAACUUUGUUUAAAAGCGUGGAAAACAUGUCCUAAGUUUCGGAGUUGGUUAAUCAGAUAGAAUACGUAGUGGAAAUUUAUUAUUAUGCAGUUUUUUUUUGAGAAAGGAGUUUAUUUUUAGUUUCUGGACAAUAAUUUUGUAUAGUAAAGGAAGAACUCAGCUGGAUGAAUGAUAGAAGCAUUGUCUGGUCCUUUUUUUGUCACCUUCCCGGCUCUACGGCCAACCAGACAUGUUGCUUUUCAUGUCUUUAUUUCGUUAUCUUUCAAUUUAUUUAUUUUUCCUUUUUAUAACUAUGCAUCAGUCACAUUAAGGAUGAUGCUUCUUUAUUUGUUAUAAUCCCAUUUCAAAUAUCCACUCAGUUUUGGGUAACAAUAAUGACACAAAAGAUCUAUCCAUCUUAAGUUUAGAUUGUAACAAAGCCACCAAAAUUGACGGUGUAGUUUUAUCUACGUUAAUCAGAAUAUAUACUUUGAAUUAAAUGCAAAAGUAUUGGCACUCAGGAUUUGAUUUUCUGUUUUCAAUGAUUUUUUUUUGCCGAAUGUCAAAAGGAAUAUUAUGAUGUUAUCGUACAUAUUAUACAUAUAUAGAAGAUUAUUGUCGGACGAAACUUAUUCUAACUAUAUAUCAUGUCUUAAGCGUGUGCUUAUUAAAGGCUAUCAUAGUUUGCACGCUUAAUGAACUUUAUAAACAUACAAACCCCUCCUCUUUAUCAAGGCUACUGGAGUGUUGUUUUUUGGUUUUAUCUAUUUUGAUUAGCUACAUUGAUCCUCCUCCCAUUCUUUGAUGGUGCUAUGUUUUUUCAAAACUCUAUAAUGACAAAAAAAAAAAAAACAUACAAACCCCUCUUCUUUUUUGUUAACAAAGAGCAUCUACGAACAGAUUUUUUUUUUUCGGUUUUGUGAAGAAUUAUCAACUAUUAGCAUUCAAACAAAAAAUUUCCAACUAUUCCUAUGUUCUAAAGUUCAAAAGCUUGUAGCGAAUAUUACCCUCAAAUGUAAACGCGCGCGAAUAGUUGAACCAUAUUGGAGAAUAGAGAAAGGGAAUGAUUGUUUAUUUAAAUGAAUAAUCGCAAUAAUUCAUAGGAUCAUAAAACUGCAUGAUUAUUAGGAAUAUAAGUAAAUAUUCUGUCAAUCACGUCGAGAUCUUGACUUUGUAAAGAGACGAAUCAUUGAGCCUUUGACAGCACUAGUCUACUCUAGGAAUAUAUAUCAUUUACUAUUAUGAAAUACUAAUAUAUAUAUAUAUAUAUAUAUAAGAGAAUACCUAAAGAAUUUGCGUGCAUAAUUAAUAUAGAGCUUCUCGGCUUUUCGUUAAAAUUCUGUGCUAAAAAUGAUUUAAGUAAUAAAAUAACUCAAAUAAUUAUGAUAAUGCACAAAUGUUUCAUAUUUCUUCCCUGUAUUGAUAUUUUACACUACACUGAUUAUAAAAAUAUAUAAUAUUCCUCACUACUAAAAGUUAUGUCAAAUCAAUUAAGCAUAUACGAGUUUGAAAUUGUUGGGGUGUAAUAUACAUAUACAUUUAGGGAAAAUAGUGAGUCACUGUAGUGGAUUAGUGACGAUGGACUCUCGUGUCUAUAAAAAGACUUGUGAAUACAAGCAGCAAUGAUGCAAGCUUUGUCUACCAUAUAUAUUGAUAUAGUUUUACACGUAUGUGUGUAUAUCAGUAUAUGUGUCUGUGGUUGUGAAAAGCAAGUUAAAAAGAGAAGAAAGUGAAACGAUGACCUUUCUUCUCGCUUUUGAUUCGGCCUAAUAAAGUCGGUGCGUCUCUCCGUGUCUUCGUCCUUCGAAAUAGUCUAUUAUCAUCAUUGUUAGGUAUCAACAUUUUCUUUUGUCAAGUCUUGUAAUAUACUACUAGUUUAGGUCACCUUGUAUAUGAUUAAACGAUCUUUUUCGACUCCUUAUGAAACUGACGUUUUAAACGAACCCCCUUAUACUUAUUAUAUUGUUUACAUGGUGAAUAAAAUUAUUUCUUAAAAUAUAUUUGAGUGAUUUACUUACCUAGACAAAUAAAUUUCACCUUCAUCGUUUUUGAUAACUUUAAUAUGCUAAAAGGGCUUUUAUCAUUUGGAGUCAUUUUGAUAUGAUUUGUUAAACAGAUACUCAUACACGUCGUGUUAUUUUAAACUUUUUCCUGUUUGAUACUCAUACACGUCGUGUUAUUUUAAACUUUUUCCUGUUUGAUACGUGGUUACAAUUAGGUAAGUUUGUACGUAUGUUGGUUGUGUAAUAAGUAAAAUAAUAUAUUAUAUGGACUGGUAUUAUGGAUCCCACGUAACAGCAGGAGAAAGAUGAAAAUGAAAAAGUUUCCAUUUCGUAAGAAACACAGUGCAAUUUUGUUAUUUUUCGCAACCAAAAGAUCUUGAAAGAUAUCUGGGUCCUCACUCCUGAUGGUGAUUUUCACAUUGAUUGUCUUUUGAUAAUUGGUACACAUCUUCUUCUACAUUAGCCGUCACUAUCGGUUAUUAUUAUUAGUAUUAUCAUUUUACUUGAUCUCUUGCCUUUGCCUACAACUUUAGGUCUUUGCUUUAGUUUUACUUUGAAAAAGGCCGCAUUAUGAAGCCGAACUAUAUAAACAUAGCCCAAAUGUAAUAUAAAUUAAAUUUGAACCCAUUAGAGAAUUUGGACAUUAGGUGGCAAAAAGUUUCGGAAGUAAAAUUUUGGUCCACAAUUAAUAAAAUCAAAAAGGCUCCCGUUCAAACCAUAAUAGCUCACAAUCUUUCAAGCUGUUGGAAUUAGGCCUCUUACUGUAUAAUUUAAAACCCAUAUAUAUGACCCAGAUUCUAUUGAGCCUUCACAGUUCACAUAUUCGAAAUUGCAAGUGAUAGUUCCAAUAUAUACGAUUAAUAAAUGUUUUUAAUUACUUCAUUCCAAAUAUUUAAUCCACGUCGUUUAGACCAUCUCCAAUGAAACAUUAUUUUUUUUUUUAUAUUUUACACUAAAAUAAAGUAACUUUAUUAUAGAGUUAGAUAAUAUAGAGUAAAAAACAACAUUCCUCUAUAUUUCACUCUAUUAUAGUGUAAUUCUAUUAUAUAGUGAACCAUUAGAGCAAAUUCAAUUCUAUUUAAUAUAAAAUAAAAAGAAAAAAAUAGUGUUCUAUUGGAGAUGCCCUUACAAAAAGAUAUUAAGAGAUGAGAUGAGGGAGAAACGAAAUCUACGAAACAACACCACACACACUAACACAAACUAUAAUAAUAAAACAAUUCUCAAGUCAUUAAUCUUGUGAAAUCUCACUUGUUUGUUCUAAAGUUUAGCAGAACUAUUCCUCUUUUCUUUUGAUAAUUAAACCCUAUGGCUGAUCCCGUAACGCACUUAGUGCUACAUAGUGGACUAGCUACCACACUGUCUGAUCCAAGUUUGGAAUACAUUCCGGUUAAUGCCAAGAGGUGAAUAGAUCAUCUAUUACGAUCCACCGUGUAAACCACUUGGACCGAAGCUCAAACCCAAACUGGCUAAAUGAUGAUAAUUUAGUUUCCAAAGAAAAUCGAACCCAUGUGAAUGCACACCAAAUCCCAAGAGAUUGCCAUUAGGCUACCACCACUUUGGCUACAAUUUCCUAUUUAAGAGAGAAGUUCAGAUACUUCAGAUUUUCUCUAACCAGUGACUUUUGUUUAACGCGAGGAAUAUAUUCAUAUCGAUUCAAUCAUUAAGUUUCGAUUUACUUUGAGAACCAAAAUGACAAAGAUCACGAUCAAUCUUUAGUUCUGUAAAUAAAAGUGAAUUGUUGGCCCAAAAGACCUAAUCCAAGAAUUGUCUCGUGGAUUAGUAAAAAUAAGUUUGAAAUACUUGAGUCAAUAACUCAAAAGUCGUACCUGCUUAAUUUGUCUUACUCAUUUACAUAUGUCGGCACUAUAUCAUGAUCAACCAUACGAUAUUUACGUUUUUUUAAUCGUGAAAUAGAAAGGAUCAGUUCAAAUUUUCACUGUUAUGAAAAUCAGUAAUCGUUUACAUCUUAAUUUCCAUUGCACGAAUCUGGUUUUAGACGUAUCAUGUAUGAGAGUGUCUAAGAGUUUAAAUUUAACUGAUUAUAUAAUUUACACUGACAUCACUUGACUCCGUCAAGAUAUUUGUACUUGUCGAGAAGACCGAUUCUUCAAUAGCGUGUUGAAAAAGAUAUUUUAGUUAAAAUUUUGUUUGUGGUUUUCUCCACUUUUUCUUGCAACCACUUGUUUUUUUUGUAAACUGGAAUAUACAAAGAAUGAAAUGUUCUUUGUAUUUUUAUUGUCAUUAAUCUUUCCGUCUCAGGUCAAGUCAGCCAUUUGCUUUUUCAUCUAGAAGAUUAUGAUGGUUCAAAACACAAUCCAAAAUAUAGAUAAGCCGCUAAUAAAUAAAUUAAUAAGCAAAUUCAUUCACCUAGUUCUCGGGAAGGUGAAUUCCUAUUUGGAUUAUGUAUUCUUUUUGGUGAAUGAAUUUUGUUUAUUGAAUCAAACGAAAGAGAUUAGCGGAGGAUAUAUAUGAUGGACUAUAACACAACCAUUAAUAAAAAAGUAUCUGCUACCACACAUAGAUGCUGAGAUAACAUACAUGCGGGAAUAACAAGGCCAUUUGUUGUCACUUUUUAAUCCUUCAUUAUCUCUUUGUUUACGUAAUAUAUUUUCUUCACUUUCUUCCUAGAAAUACUUAUUAACAUUUAUUAUACCAUUACUUUGAUAAAGUUUUCCUUGUUUGAAAUAAUCUUAAAGUACCCAUAAUCUUAAAUUUUUUUACAUUUGUUUGAAUAUUAGGAGACCGAUUCUUCUGAUACUUUUUUCCUCACCUGCACACUAUAUGUAUACGUACAAACAGAAAUCCACUUGUCAUCAUUCUUUGUUAAGUUUCCUGAUAUAUAUACAUAUUGAUAGGCACUACGAAAUAUAGGUACCUAGACAGCAACAAACCCCAUUGAGAAGAAGAGAAAAAAAAAAAUAUUUUUUUUUUAAAGAUGGGAAGAGCACCGUGCUGUGAUAAAACGGUGGUGAAGAAAGGGCCAUGGUCGCCGGAGGAAGACGCCAUGCUUAAAUCCUACAUUGAAAAACACGGCACCGGCAACAAUUGGAUUGCCCUCCCUCACAAAAUCGGGAUCAAGAGAUGUGGGAAGAGUUGUCGUUUGAGAUGGCUUAAUUACUUGAGGCCUAACUUAAAGCAUGGAGGCUUCACUGAUGAAGAAGAUUACAUCAUUUGCAGCCUAUACAUUACAAUUGGAAGCAGGUGGUCUAUCAUUGCCUCACAAUUACCAGGAAGAACAGACAACGAUAUCAAAAACUAUUGGAACACAAGGCUUAAAAAGAAGCUAUUAAGCAAGCAAGGGAAGGCAAUUCAUCAACAACUUAGUCUCAGACUCGAGCCGGAAACAACAUCGAAAAGAUCAUCAUUUGGUCAAAACCAGAUCCUAAUGUUUCAUGAUGAGAACGCGAAACCGCCGUUGAACCAAACCAUACACAGCAAAAUGGUGGAUCCAUCAAUAACAUCCUUCGCCAUGGAAGAAAAAAGAAUGGUUCCGGUAUUGGAAUCAUAUUCUUGGGAACAAAACAAGGUUUGGCUUGAUAUUGAUCAUGAUGCAGCUUCGUCUUCUUAUCAUCAUCACGCAUCCCCACACUUUAACUCCAUGACUAGUAGUAGUAGUAGCAUUGGUACUAAUUCACCUCUACAAAUGUCUCACUACACCAUAAAUGACAAUAAUCAGGGUGAUCAAGAGAUGUUCUUCAUGGCCGGGUUUGAGAAUCUUCAAGACGAGCUAUUCGAUGAGAUAAUCAAUAACAUCACGACAGAAUUCGAGUUUCGUGGAACGGAGACGCUGAACAAUAACUGCUUGGGUCAUGAAAUCAACUCCUUCGUUGAUUGUCCUCUAAAAGAUAAUUAGUAGAUGAUUGAUUAAUGAUUAAUUAGAUACUGAAUAUUAUAUAUCUUAUUUGUUUACGUGUUAUCUUUUAAGAUGUUGAAGGUAUGGAACAAUAAAACCCUAGUGUGUGUAACACAUUUUUUGUUUGCCUUUUUGCAGUUUGAAUAAAUGAAAUAAUUUUAUUCUAUUGUUGUCACUGUUUAUUUAUUAAUGCGAAAAGCUACUUUUGUGCUCUCGUGAGUCGUGAAAAAAAAAUUCAGGUAGAUGCUGAAAUAAUGGGAAUCCUAGAACUUGAUAUUUCUACAGUUCACACAAAUGAUAUGUUUGUAUGCUUCUUUUAUUUUGGGCUUUCUCUGAUUUAUGCCGGUUUUGUAUCCGUCAGUAUAUCUUUUAGUGUUCACUUAAUAAAAUCUGGCGUAUGUAGUUAUUGAGCAGGUAGGAGGGAACCAUUCAUCAACACCAUAAAGAUCAAAAAGCUGUUGACCAUAAAAUAAACUAGGGAGACUUUGAUAAAUCUGUUUCUGACUCAGUAGUGAGUAUCCCCAAAAGUCAAGACAUUGUUAUCAACUUUAUUUGGAUUUCGUUGGAUACUUCUAAAGAUGAAUGUAUAAAUUUUAAGCAUUUCAUAUGAACACUAACAUAGGUCGUCAUAUUGUAAUUAAAGUCAAAAUCAUUAUCAUUUUGAAUUAUUUGUUAAAUGUUUCUUUUGUAAGUCAUUAUCACUUUACAUUAUUUGUUAAAUUUUGAUUAAGGAAAUAAGAGAUAAUAUUUUGUUAUAAAAGUACAAAUAAAUUCCCACGAAGUAUACAUGUAAUAUAGGUGCAUGAUGAGUGAUUGUGUGAACAGCGGUGAUGCAAUGUUUGAAAUGGACAUAUACCAAACAAAUCAACUACAAUUUUGCCACCAAUUUUCUUGUCACAUUAAAAGACAAAAAUAUCACAUGUUCCUGGUUUAAGGUUCAACUUGUGGAUCGACUCGGUACAGGGUAAAGGAAAUUAUGCAUCCCAUAAUUUUUAAUCGGUACUUAGGGUUUGAAUUGAUGAGGUUGUAGCUUUAGUUUUCAUUUUAGAAUUUAGGUUGUAAGUUUUGACUUAAAAGCUUAUAUUUUGUUAUUAUCUUUAAAAAAAUAAAUUGGCUGUAUUUUUUUAUAAUGGUAAAAAGGUAAUGAUUGGCUCAUAAUAAAAAUGUAAAAGAAAAAAAAAGUGGUUGCCCACAGUUUCUAUACUUAUCAAUAAAAGCUUAUAAUGGGUCAAGCCCAAAACCAAAAGUAUAUCAGUUUAGAUUCCCAUUUUUUGUGUUUCUAUGUUCUGGACAAGACUUCUAAUGCAUGGGCUUCUGGGCCGUAAUUUCAUUUUACGUUAAUAUGAUAUUACGAAACCCUACUUUAAUCCAAAGAAAAUAUAUGAUUCUAACACCCCAAAAAGUAUAAAAUUUAUUCUAAACAAGUAAGAAAAGUCGACCCAAAACACAAACAACAAACCUAAUCCAACCCAAACCCACAAGAAAUCUCGACCCAACUGACUAAUCAUAUUAUGUAUUUGGGUUUGCAUUUUUCAUUUGCGUACUUGUUGGGUGUGUUCUUUAGGUUAUAGAGAAAUUUUAUUUUUUUCUCACUAUCUUUAGGUUAUAGAGUCAAUUUUUAUUAUUUCUAAUUACAUUUAUUUUUUUUACUAACUGAGCCACUAAAGGGACUAGGUUUACCUUACCCGGCUAUAACCAUUGAACUUGUCUGUAUCAGGCCGUCUAUCUCACUCUUCAAUUCAUAGCUUUAAAAACCCUGCUAGAAAGUUAAUCACACCAGGCCGACUUGCUUCGCUAGAAAAAAAUUCCACUAGUAUGUACUGCUGAGAGUGAACUAUGUUACUCGGAACAAUAUCUGAAAGGAAGCAAAUUCUUCCAUGUUACGGCACAUACUAAGACAUAUUCUAAAAAUGACAGGCGGACUACCAGCAAUACGAGCCGUUCACUAUGCUCAAAACUACACCGAAACUACGUUAAUUAAUUUAAUUGAAAUGUAGUUUGCAACCAUAGUGCUAUUGCAUACACAUUUUUUUAUUAUUUUUGAUAAAAGACUUGUUGUCACAAAUGGCAGUAUAUCAAAUGUUUUAUAAGUGAAAUUGAAAAAAGGAAAAUACGUGAACUUUCUAUAUAAUUAAUUAUUCAUGACUAACAAAAAGAAAGAAAUAAUUUGUUUACUUCUUCUUUUAUUUAUUGAACAUUAGAAUCUCUUUACUUGAUAAAACGAUUAUAAAGGUAAACUUUUGUGUUGGAGAAAGCUUCUGCAGAGACAAGAAUAGCUUUCGGCCUUUUGUCUUUGAAUUAUAUACAACUUUGAAAGUUGAAAAAAAUCCAACUUCGACUCCUCAUUCCAUGGCGACAUUUUGUGGAUGAGAGUCAGAGCGAGACCUUUUCUUAUUGAAUGAUUUCGAGUUUUUUCUUGCAACUUAAUGAUUUCGAGUUGAACUUUGAAUAAUAGAUGCAAGAUUAAUUUGAUUUGGCACAUACAACGUAGUGAAAAAAAACUUAGAUACAUAUCACGGCGUUACUAACAUAAAUCGAAUUUCAAACUUAACUUUAUUAUUUCAUCGAAUACAAAAUUACUUAUAAUACUGAAAUAAUAGAGAAGAGCUUAAAGCUCUUUGAAAAACGUAACGUCAUGUCCUCAAAGUUUCAAACAUCAAGACAUAUACUAUUCCACGAAGAAAGCAAUGCCAUUAGUCUCCAACACAAAAAUGUGACUAUGGAUCUUUGUCUGCCUAGUGUUCUUUACUACAAAGAGGUGUUUAGCUUUCGGUUGUAGUUGUAGGUAUAAGAUUCAACCUAAAAAACCUUAGUAAGAAUACGAGUGAACGAAAAGCAGAUGAUGUCUUCAUUUAUAUCUACUUUUUGAAUGUGAAAGUUACUGAUAUAUUUUUACUAUUAUUACUUUCCAGUCGUAUAUCUAUGAUGAUUGUAUUUUAUAGGGCCCUAUUUUAUAAUACUAACAUGGUAAAAGAGCUGUAGCAAAUAUAUGCCGGUUAUAAAAGCCCUUUCUCAAUAUAUAUAUAUAUGCUGCAAUAGACUGACAUACAUAACAACUAAAGCAUAUUAUAAAAAUUCAAUUGCAACCAUUACGAAUAAAAAACCAUGGUCAUACUGCAAAAAAACCAUUACGAAUAAAUAUUAAUAUAUAACCAAACAAAAAAUAUUAAUAGUUCGGACAUGGAAGCAACGGAGGCCCGUGCACCAUGGUCAUGUGGCCCCGGAUGCGUCGGUCUACGCAAACAUAACAUAUCGACCAAUGACAAAUAUACAAAUACAAGGUUGGUCGAAAAUGGUAGAAUAUAUUUGCGAAGUAACCAAUCAGAAAACGUUAGCAGAUGUUCUCUGUUUUCUUUUGCCAUGUGAAUCCCACAUGACACAUUGACAUUUGACAACUAUCCCAAAGACAUCCAUUUCGCAUCUGUGCAUUUAUUUACCGGUUACUCCAUCACGAUUAUAUAAAUCUACUAAAGUAAUUAAUAUUUAGUAUAAAUUAUUUUUCAUACAAUGUAUAAUAAAUGUGUGUUUGGAGAUACGAGAUUAAGAAACUGUGAUAACAGUGUUUUUAGGUUUUUCAUAUACUCUCAUAUUUAAUGAAUAUAAAUUUUGGAGUGUUACUGUUCUUGAAAAGAGUUUGUGGUCGUUAUUCUGAUAGAAUAAUCUUGAAGGAUUAGUAAUUUUAAAAUACCGGAUGAUAUACAAAUGUUUAACCAAUAUUUGGGUUUCGACGGACGUUCCAGAACAAUCAUGUACUGUAACAAGAUCAAUAUAUCUUUUAAAUUCCCAUGUUGAUUACAUAUUAUAAUCCAUGAAUCCUUUUAGUUUUUUUUUACUCAAUACGUAUCAAUAUAUUUUUAAGUGAAAUUAGCAAACUACCUAUGAUGUGAUAAGUUUUGUGUCUAUCAACAAAAACACCAUGAUGUAGAAUUUAAGAUAUUAACUUAAUUAAAAAAAAUUGUGUAUAUUUGAUGCAAUUUCACUAUUUUUUCCCACUUUAGCUUAUGAAUAGAUUGUAGUAGUUGAGAUUGGUCUUAUUCUGCUACCAAACAUUUAAUGUACUCGCACCAUUUACUCACUUAUAAAUUAAUCAGAUUAUCAGCUAAUGAAUUAGUAAUUAAUUUUAAUUAUAUAGUGGCAAAAUUGUAUAGAUUGUCAGGUCUGCGAAUGUACACAUGGCUGUGAGUAUAUAAAAGGGAAAAUUAGAUAAAUAGGACACUUUGAACUUAGAUUUGUCACAUUAGGAUUUCUAGAAGAUAUUUUAGGAAAAUAGGAUUUUAGAUCUUGUAAAAUACCAAAAUACCCUUAAUUUACUAAUUAUGUUGAAUUUAAAUUAUAAUUUAUAAUAAUUUUCGUAAUAGAUUUUAAUGUUAAAAUUAAAAUCUAUAAAAAUUUAAAAAAAAAAAAAAUUAAUGGCAUUAUGAUCCACCGCAUAAUCCUCACACACCAUUAUCUUGAGCUGCUUCAACGUAGUAGUAGUUGCUAAUGUUACCAUUCGACCACGCCUUUCUUUGUCUACCACGAAACUCCAGUCAUCACCGCGACUACACAUCCAUUCACCCGAUUUGACAUAGAUUAGAACCAUGUUGUAUUGAUAGAGAAAAGAGAGAUGAUUAUGUCGAUGAAGAAAAGAGAAACACAAAGAACGACGACAAAAGAUCAUGGGAGAAGGAGAAAAACGUGGGAGAAAAUAUUCUUGGAGAUAUUUAGGGAAGAUUUAGUUUAGAUUUAGGAAACAUCUUUAACCGAUUAUGGAAGUUUCCAUAUUUUUCGGAUUUCCUGUAGAAUGUAUAACCUAUGUAAGUUAGAACACAGUAGAGUAGAUGUGAAACAUAUUCUUUCUUAAGCGCCACAUAAGGUAAAAGACAGACCAUAUCAUGGCUCCAAAUAUAGAUAUGGUAUAUCAACGCAUUGUGGCUAUAUGUCGUUAUCAAGCUCAAGGUAUAAGAAAGACAUCUUUCUUGAUUAUAACGUAACGUAACCUAGCUUUGGUUAGCAUAUAUAAGAAAAGAUAGGUUACGUUGUAUACCAAAGAUAUAUCUAUGUAUAAACAUUAGUAGCCGAUUUCUAGACUAAGUAGAUGACCAGAAUGAGUAUUGUAACUGUAGCUAGAAGAUGAAAUAAAUAUGAUUCAUUUAAAAAAAAAAAUAAUUUAAACAUAUAUAUUGUCAUAUUUAUGUUUCCAAUAGUUUUGAUAUUUUUUAACAUUUUUAAAAUUCAGUUUAUUAUUUUUUCCAUAAAAAAAAGGUAAAAUAUGUCUAGAAUUGCCCAAAAUAUCAGAAAUCCUAUUGUGACAAAUAAAAGUUCAAAGUGUCCCAUUUUUCUAAUUUUCCCAUUAUAAAAUGGGUAUAUCUUUUGACUUUCAAUGUUAUUUUUCGUUGACUGACAAGUCAUUUAAACGAAAUCGAUCACUUCAAAACCAGUUAAAGCGAUUAGAGAAUUUAAUAUUGAAUGCACCAACUUAUGUCUAUUGUCAACUAGAGUAAUAAAGGAAUCCUCCUUGUUAUUCAAAAAAUUAACAAAUGUGAACAUCAUAGUACUAAGAAGUAGAUUUUAAUUAAUUACAUAAUAAUUAAUGAACGGAUUUAUUGCCCGGACUCAAAUUACGGCUUCUCAACCAGAAAUUUCGCCGGCAAAUGUUUAAUACGUGGCACGUUUUAACGUAAAAUUGAAGCAAUUUUUUGACAAUUUUUUCUUUUCAAAUAUUAUCAUUAAGAUGUGAAAAAUAUUAUACAAAAAGCCACACUGCAAUAUCCGGUUUCACGUUCGGACAGAGUGAACUUUCUCUCUAAAACUAUACCAAAAUAUAAAAUUAUGAUAAAAAUACAUAUGACGGACAAUCACAUAUAAAUAGUGACCUAAAAAUCAUAUUUAUUACACUUUGAUUAAAUGAAAAAACCAGACUAUCGUUCCUCGGGCUCUCGAUCCUGAAACGAUAGCC